AUGAUGGAUACGCCCCUAAAGGUCUCCACACGCCCAUACUGCACUCCUUUGAACUUCCGCUGCCAAGUUAGAGGCCGCGCGGGAGGUUAUUAUUGUUUGUCCACGCCAAUGGGAAAACAGCGUUGGGUAGUCCCUCGGCAACAAUCCCGCAAGAGACAAUCGAAUCAGAGCUGCCAACUGCUCCUCACUAAUGGAGUUAGUCCUCCUCUUAUUCAUGGAUCGGGUGAUUUAAUUCUCCUCCCUCCCACUACCCCUCCUAAGAUCCUACCUCCACCGCCUCUGAUGCUAACCAUAUUUGAUACCAAUCGAGUUAAAACUUGGCCUAUAUAGGCACCGUUGAGGACCGUACCGGAGCAAUCCAGCGGCUCCAAACAAUAUCUUGUCCCAGUGAGCGAAACUCUCAUAAUGGAUUCAUAUGUCAUUUAUGUAUUAUUAUUUUUUUAGAGGGAAGAGGUUAAAUGAUAUAUAACAUAUGUAAACGUGUAUAUAUAUUAUUACAUUAAAUACCUAUAUGGCAGGAUUUUCCUGACUUUAUAUUACUACGUACCACUUCCACUUUUUGGAUGACCUAUCUGAACUCUUGUAGUCGACUGAUCAAUUAUAAUGGACGAAA